AACAACACUUCUGUUUCUACGACAUUUAGGUACUGACAGCGGCAAAAGGAAAGUCUAUACAAAAGACUCAAAACAAAUUCUCUGGCGACAGCACCUUAAUACUAAGCCUACAAGAAUAGAAAUUAAUAUAAUAGCAGGAUUACUAAAGUAUUUACAGGUUCAAUCAAGUCAUUUUUAGCAUGGCUAACAUUCAAGGGUCAAAUACAAGGAGAAACAUCUUAGAACUACCACCAGAGGUAAUUACAUUCGCUAUGAAUGAUGAAUCAUCAUCACCAGAAUAUAAGUUCAUUUGCAUUUGAGAUAAUGAUAAAAAUAUUCGAGCAUCUCACAUUCCACGAACGCCUCAUGAUAUCCAUUAUCUGUAAAUCAUGGCACGAACUAGCAUACAGCCCUCAGUUCUGCAAAAAGCUAUUCCUUCAUUUGAGAACGUCGGAUUCUCUUGCUAAGAAACCAUAUGCCAGAGAAAUGUUCGCACGUUGUCGGAAUGUCAUAAUUUCAUGUGCCUUGAUCGAAGAUGAUCAUCUGAACCUGUUGAAGGAAUAUAUGGAAGGAAUUUCUCUGGAAUUGCUCAAAAUUAGCACAUUGAAUCACACUGCAAAACGUAUUGUGGAGUCGACUCUGCAAAAGAUAGCCGUAUUGAAAACCCUUCGCCUAGAUUUGAAAGAGGACCAUGAGAACGAAACUAUACGAAUCAGUCAUCCAACUCUGAAAUGUGCUAUUUUGAACGGACAAUGGGAUCAAGGCAACAAGUGCGAUAAUUUGACCAUUCUGGAAUCUUAUCUGUUGGACAAUGAAGGUGCUCGUGGUAUGAGUAGUUUACAAAGGCAAUUGACAAGCUUGACCGUCACCGGAUCUUACAAAGAAAUCUACACUUACAUGUCCGAUAGUGAAUACAUUUCGCAGUGGGACCAUUUACGGGAACUUUACCUCAUUUUCCCACCUUAUGGGGAUACCCUCGAGGAUAUGUUGGAACGGAUGCCUUGUUUGGAAAAAUUGAGUCUACAUAACAAGUAUGACCAAGACUUCACCGGACAGGAGCUCAAAGCAGCGAAAUGUUUGUCGGAGUUAGCACUUAAAAUGUAUUCGGUUGAUACAAAUUCGCUAAACAAGUAUUUAUCCCGCUCAUCGCUGCGGAGUUUAUCUUUGCUGAAGUGUAUGCUCGCAUCCGGAACAGAAGUGCCCCUGAAGUCGGCCUCCAUCAAGCGAAUGAAUUUCGAAAGAUUCCUGCCGCUGGAUAUGUUGCCCCUUUUUCCGAAUUUAGAAGAUUUGAGUCUACUAUGCAGCGAGGCGCAUUAUUCCAGUACGAUUAAUCAGAUAUGUCAGUGUUAUCCGAAGCUGGAACGUCUUAGCAUCGGUGUCAGAUGUGGACAAAUCGGACAGUUUCAAUCGGCAGCAGGGGAGAUCAACACUAAUCCAUUCUUACGAAUAAAUUCGCUAAGCAAGCUGAAGGUACUGCGAAUAAAUCGGAUCGAUCUGCGAAAAAUUGAUUGGAUGACGUGCAAAGGCAGUAAAGUGGAAUUCAUCUGGCUAAAUGGGUGCAGCAUCAGCGGAACGGGAGCGGACCAACUGUUGCAGUCCUUUGAGCAUUUACGAACAUUAUAUCUAGACCAUUGUUAUCUUCAACUGCCCCAAUCAGAUUUGUUCGAUAUCGACGAAACAUGCGUCAAUGGAUUGCGUUCACGUUUUCCCAACCGCAGAAUUUCAUACUAUGAUUGUCAUAUUGAAGAAUCUUUCGAUCGCUGUGGAAGAGUCAUGGAUGUCAUCUGAGAUUGUUCUACACAACUGGGUUACAAAGCAAAUAAAAAAAUAUUUAUUCUUUAAAUA